GGGACUAUGAUGGACGCAGACCACAUAGCGGCAUUGCAAAGCUACGCGCGCAACGGCGGGGGAUUCGUGGGCAUCCACUGUGCGGCCACUGCCCUGCGUGACGAGCCCUGGUAUGGACGGUUGAUCGGUACUGUGUCUUCGCAUCAUCCUGACCCGCAGCAAGGAAUCGUGAGACUCGAAAGGGCGAUCGCGGAGUUGUGGCUGCUAUUGGACAAGUGGUACAAAUUCACUGGGAACCCAGGUGCAUGGGAUGUUGACGUCGUGUUCACAGUCAAUGAAAAGACGUGCCAAGGUGGCAAACAUGAUGAUGACCAGCCGGUGGCGUGGUGUCGUGCAUUCGAAGGCGGCCGG